UAUGUCAAUGAUUAAGGAUAUUUGACCCUAAAAUACAAAAGCUAUGUAUUUCUUGUGGCUAUGUAUUUUACUCAGAGUAACAUUAAUAUCGGGAAACAGAUUUGAUCCUCAUGUAUUUCCUCAACGUGGACCCUUUUUCGAGGGAUGGUAUAUACGGUUAAUAGAUUCUGACAAUGGCAAUAGUAUAGGAUUAUUGUUUGGGCAAGUAUUACCUGACGUGUCAAAGAGUGUGAAUAACUACCCGCCUGUUCUCUGCAGCAUUUUAGUGAGAUCGUGUUCAGUAACCGGAUGUAAACUCUUCUCCCAUGAUGCUACUUUUAAUUCAUCUGACGUUAAAGUGAGAGUGAAAGGUAAACCAGUUGAUAAAAAUCCGGACAUUUCUUCACCAGCCAACUUUACUUGGCUUGCAAAAAACAGCGUUUCCUUCGUUUUCUUCCGGAGUAACGUCUCGUCCUCUUCAUUUCGUGUAAAAUUUGGAAAUGUCUCUCUUGAUGGCGAGUUAUCUUCCCCUAUUCCAUGGGGUCCAGAUGGCGAAGGACCUGAGGGAUGGGUGGAUAAAUUUCCACUUCCGUUGCAUUGGUUUGUAUACAGCCUUCGUUCAUCUAUUGUGUCGUACAAGUUCAAAAAAGGCAGAGAAAUUGUAUUCGAGGGGAGACAUGGGACUGCUCAUAUGGAGAAGAACUGGGGAAAAUCAUUUCCAAAAGCGUGGAUAUGGUCAGAAGGAAUUUCUCCGAAUAAUGUUACGUAUGUUGUAUCUGGUGGGCAUGUUCAAGUUGGACCCAUUCCCAUCACUGCUCAUUUACUUGGGUAUAGAAAUCCUUUAAAGAAUAUUUCUGUAGAUUUCCAUCCAUAUGAUAGUUACAUUUCUGCAAAGUAUGAUGGUUGCAGAGGAUUUAUAAACAUAACUGCAAGAGGACCUCUUCACUCAGUAGAAUUGUAUGUGACAGCGGAACUAUCCUCUUUUAGUCAAUGUUUAUAUGGACCAGAGAGUCAAGGUUUUCGUCCAGUUUGUAAAGAGACAUAUGAUGCAUCGGCCACAAUAUAUGUCUACAGACUCAACAUUCUCAUCGACAAGCAGUUUCUCAGCAGUGUUGCAUUAGAAUUCGGUGGAGAAAAUGUGUGUGGGGGCUGUACGUCACUUAAAAAAUAAAAUGCUUUCUUUCUUUGUUA